AUGAUGGUAGAAAGUAUACCUUAUGGUUUUCAAAUGAUUUUUCUAGGAGCAUCUUUUGGUUGUCAAGUUUUACANAAAGGCGUUUACACUGCCAUUAAACCAAUAUGUCAAGCACUUGAAAUUGAUCGACAACGAUGUGAUCAAGCUAUGAUUCCAGUAAGCUUUAAUGGUCUCGAUCCUCUAUUCAUGUAUACACAACUGUUAAAAGAAGCACUCUUGGAUAUCGAAGAUGAUGAUAAAAAAUCCAUCAAAGAUUUAGCCGAUUAUUGUCGUGAACAAGACGAUAUUUCUGAAGAUCAAAUCAAACAAGUUGAACGUGAAUAUCGUAAUCAUACACCCAUAUGGUGGUAUACAGCUGAAACAUUUAUAUAUCCAAUGCUCAAUCGUGGACUUCGACAAAUGGAUGUCGACAUUAUUCUCAAAAUGGGAUUUUUCAUACGGCAUCUGCACAACCAUAUUACACAAUUACAUCAGGAACAACAAGGCCGCAUGCCGACAAAAUUUCAAGUCUUUCGUGGACAAGGUUUGUCCAUGGAAGACUUUGAAAAAAUGAAAAAAACCAAAGGAGGACUUAUGUCCUUUAAUAAUUUCCUCUCGACAAGUCGCAAGCGCACGAUCUCAUUGGACAAUUUUGCACGACCAGCUACAAACAAUCCCAGUUCAGUUGGUAUUCUCUUUAUUAUGAACAUUGACACGGCGAUUUGCAUGAAAUCAUCAACACCAUUUGCUGAAGUAAGCAAAGUUAGUUUCUUCAAAGGUAAAGAGGAAGAAAUACUCUUUUCAACACAUACAAUUUUUCGGAUCAACCGGAUCGAACGAAUUCCCGACGAGCAUACGGAUCGCCUAUGGCAAGUUAAUCUCACCCUCGCAGGUAAUCAAGAUGAUGACUUUAGCAAACUCACGGCACACCUGCGAAAAGAGAUCAGUGGGAAAACCGGAUGGGCUCGAUUGGGUAUUAUACUUAUUAAACUAGGUGAGCCUGCAAAAGCAGAACAUCUUUAUCAGAUACUCCUUGAGACGGCAACUUCUGAUGAAGCUCGAGCUGACUACAAUCAUAUGCUUGGUUGGGUGUAUAACGGCCUUGGAGAAUACUCGAAGGCGAUAACAUUUUACGAACGAGCACUCGAUAUAAAAGAAAAAACUGUCCCUCAAAACCUUCCCGACUUGGCUUCUUCCUACAACAACAUCGGUAAUGUGUAUGCUAAAACGGGCGAGUACUCGAAAGCACUUUUGUAUUACGAAAAAGAUCUUAAGAUCAGUCAAAAAACUCUCCCUCCAAAUCAUCCCGACUUGGCUGCUUCCUACAACAACAUCGGUUUGGUGUAUGAUAACAUGGGCGAGUACUCAAAAGCACUUUCAUCGUAUGAACGAUCACUUGAAAUCCGGAAAAUAGCUCUCCCUCCAAAUCAUCCCGACUUCGCACAAUCCUACAACAACAUCGGUCUGGUGUAUGAUAACAUGGGCAAGUACUCGGAAGCACUUUCAUCGUAUGAACGAUCACUUGAAAUCCGAAAAAUAGCUCUCCCUCCAAAUCAUCCCGACUUCGCACAAUCCUACAACAACAUCGGUCUGGUGUAUGAUAACAUGGGCAAGUACUCGGAAGCACUUUCAUCGUAUGAAAGAUCACUUGAAAUCAAGAAAAUAGCUCUCCCUCCAAAUCAUCCCGGCUUGGCUGCUUCCUGCAACAACAUCGGUUUGGUGUAUAAAAACAUAGGCGAGUACUCGAAAGCACUUUCAUCGUAUGAAUCAUCACUUGAAAUCAAGAAAAUAGCUCUCCCUCCAAAUCAUCCCGACUUGGCUACUUCCUACAACAACAUCGGUGUGCUGUAUGAUGAGAUGGGCGAGUACUCGAAAGCACUUUCAUCGUAUGAACGAUCACUUGAAAUCCGGAAAAUAGCUCUCCCUCUAAAUCAACCAGACUUAGCUAGUUCCUACAACAAUAUCGGUACGGUGUAUUAUAACAUGGGCGAGUACUCGAAAGCACUUUCAUCGUAUGAACGAUCACUUGAAAUCCGGAAAAUAGCUCUCCCUCCAAAUCAUCCCGACUUGGCUGCUUCCUACGGCAACAUCGGUACUGUGUAUGCCAAAAAAGGAGAGUACUCGAAAGCGCUUUCAUCCUAUGAACGAUCACUUGAAAUCAAGAAAAUAGCUCUCCCUCCAAAUCAUCCCGACUUGGCUACUUCCUACAACAACAUCGGUGUGCUGUAUGAUGAGAUGGGCGAGUACUCGAAAGCACUUUCAUCGUAUGAACGAUCACUUGAAAUCAAGAAAAUAGCUCUCCCUCCAAAUCAUCCCGACUUGGCUGCUUCUUACAACAAUAUCGGUUUGGUGUAUAAUAACAUGGGCGAGUACUCGAAAGCACUUUCAUCGUAUGAACGAUCACUUGAAAUCCAGAAAAUAGCUCUACCUCCAAAUCAUCCCGACUUGGCUUCUUCCUACAAUAGAAUCGGUAAUGUGUAUAAUAAAAUGGGCGAGUACUCGAAAGCACUUUCAUCGUAUGAACGAUCACUUGAAAUCUCGAAAAUCACUCUCUCUCCGAAUCAUCCCGACUUGGCUUCUUCUUACAACAACAUCGGUCUGGUGUAUUGUAACAUGGGCGAGUACUCGAAAGCACUUUCAUCGCAUGAACGAUCACUUGAAAUCCGAAAAAUAGCUCUCCCUCCAAAUCACCCCGACUUCGCACAAUCCUACAACAACAUCGGUUUGGUGUAUGAUAACAUGGGCGAGUACUCGAAAGCACUUUCAUCGUUUGAACGAUCACUUGAAAUCAAGAAAAUAGCUCUCCCUCCGAAUCACCCUGAUUUAGCUUCUGACUACAACAACAUCGGUAUGGUGUAUAGAAAAAUGGGCGAGUACUCGAAAGCACUUUCAUCGUAUGAACGAUCACUUGAAAUCCAUAAAAUAGCUCUCCCUCCAAAUCAUCCCGGCUUGGCUUCUUCCUACAAUAGAAUCGGUAAUGUGUAUAAUAAAAUGGGCGAGUACUCGAAAGCACUUUCAUCGUUUGAACGAUCACUUGAAAUCGAGAAAAUAGCUCUCCCUGCAAAUCAUCUCGACUUGGCUGCUUCCUACAACAACAUCGGUGCGGUGUAUGAUAGCAUGGGCGAGUACUCAAAAGCACUUUCAUCGUAUGAACGAUCACUUGAAAUCCAGAAAAUAGCUCUCCCUCCGAAUCAUCCGGACUUGGCUUCUCCCUACCUCAACAUCGGUAAUGUGUAUGAUAACAUGGGCGAGUACUCGAAAGCACUUUCAUCGUAUGAACGAUCACUUGAAAUCCGGAAAAUAGCUCUCCCUCCAAAUCAUCUCGACUUGGCUGCUUCCUACAACAACAUCGGUAUGGUGUAUAGAAAAAUGGGCGAGUACUCGAAAGCACUUUCAUCGUAUGAACGAUCACUUGAAAUCCAGAAAAUAGCUCUCCCUCCAAAUCAUUCCGACUUGGCUGCUUCCUACAACAACAUUGGUAUGGUGUAUAGAAAAAUGGGCGAGUACUCGAAAGCACUUUCAUCGUAUGAACGAUCACUUGAAAUCCGGAAAAUAGCUCACCCUUCAAAUCAUCCCGACUUGGCUUCUUCCUACGCCAACAUCGGCUUGCUGUAUGAUAGCAUGGGCGAGUACUCAAAAGCACUUUCAUCGUAUGAACGAUCACUUGAAAUGCAGAAAAUAGCUCUCCCUCCAAAUCAUCCCGACUUGGCUUCUUCCUACCUCAAGAUCGGUGUGACAUAUAAAAACAUGGGCGAGUACUCAAAAGCACUUUCAUCGUAUGAACGAUCACUUGAAAUCCUGAAAAUAGCUCUCCCUUCAAAUUAUCCCGUUUUGGCUUCUUCCUACGGCAACAUUGGCUUGCUGUAUGAUAGCAUGGGCGAGUACUCAAAAGCACUUUCAUCGUAUGAACGAUCACUUGAAAUCCAGAAAAUCGCUCUCCCUCCGAAUCAUCCCGACUUGGCUUCUUCUUACAACAACAUCGGUCUGGUGUAUUGUAACAUGGACGAGUACUCGAAAGCACUUUCAUCGUUUGAACGAUCACUUGAAAUCGAGAAAAUAGCUCUCCCUGCAAAUCAUCUCGACUUGGCUGCUUCCUACAACAACAUCGGUGCGGUGUAUGAUAG